AUAUUAUUUGAUAUAAUAAGCAAUGUUUUUUAUGUUACAUUUUAUAAAUUUAAUUGCUUGGUGCGCGGCCCAAAAACAAAAUUUUCUUUUAAUUAUCGUUGACGAUUUAAGAACUGCUUUAGGAUGUUACGGCGAUACCAGAGCAUACACACCGAAUAUAGAUCGUUUAGCAACAGAAGCUGCCAUUUUUUCUCAAGCAUUUGCUCAGCAAGCAUUAUGUGCACCAAGUAGGAAUUCAUUUUUAACAAGUCGAAGACCAGAUACGCUUCAUCUUUAUGACUUUUAUAGUUACUGGCGGAAAGAUAUUGGUAAUUUUACAACAUUGCCGCAACAUUUCAAGAAUAAUGGAUUUAUUACUAAAUCCAUAGGAAAAGUUUUUCAUCCAGGAAUUAGUUCAAACAAUUCUGAUGAUAAUCCUUAUUCAUGGUCAGAAACUCCUUUCCAUCCAUUCACAGAAAGAUAUAAAGAUGCUCCAAUAUGUCAAAUAAAUAUGCAAAUACCAGCACAAAAUCUUAUAUGUCCAGUUAAAGUUUUGUCAAUGCCAAAUAAAACAUUACCAGAUAUAGAAAUAUUAAAAGAAGCUAAAUAUUUUUUAUCUAAUCAAGCAGGAAAUCCUUUUUUUUUAGCAGUUGGAUUUCAAAAACCACAUAUACCAUUCAAAUAUCCUAAAAAAUAUUUAAAAUAUCAUCCUUUGCAAAAAUUUAAAGUACCCCAACCAUACAAAUGGUCAAAAAAUGUUAGUAGCAUAGCUUAUAAUCCAUGGAAUGAUUUAAGAAAAAGGAAAGAUGUUGCUGCUUUGAAUCUUAUUCCAUGGAAAAAAAUACCAAAAAGCUUUGCUAAAUUAAUUAUUCAAUCAUAUUAUGCAUCUGUAACAUAUAUUGAUGAUUUAAUUGGUAAAUUAAUAAAUCAAUUGAAAGUUUUAUCAAUUCGAAAAAAUACUACUAUUAUAUUAAUGUCUGAUCAUGGAUGGUCAUUAGGAGAGCAUUCAGAAUGGGCAAAAUACAGUAAUUAUGAUGUUGCUUUAAAAGUACCAUUAAUAAUAUCAAUACCUGGACUUACUUAUAAAAGAUUAAAAGAGAAAGCAAAUAAUUCAUUAGAAAAGAAUCCAUUAUUUAUAAAUUCAAUAGUUGAAUUAGUUGAUAUUUUUCCAACAAUUGCAGAUUUAGCAAAUAUUUCAAUACCUAUUUGUUCAAAUGAAACAAUGGAAAUUACUUGCAGUGAAGGAAUAUCUUUUGUGCCACUUAUACAAGCUGCUUUAAGAAAGGAGUCAAUAUUGUGGAAAGAAGCAGCAUUUGGACAAUAUCCAAGACCAAGCAUUAAACCUUCAAUACAUCCAAAUAGCGAUGAACCACGUUUAAAAGAGAUUAAAGCAAUGGGAUACACGAUAAGAACAAAUAAAUAUCGUUAUACAGCUUGGCUAUCAUUUAAAUCUGAAACUAAAUUACCAAAUUGGAAUGAUAUUAUUGCAGAGGAAUUAUAUAAUCAUAGUAAUGAUGAAGGUGAAAAUCAUAAUAUAGCAGCUCUUCAAAAAUAUAUUAAUUAAAAAAAAAUUAAAGUUUUUAUUGCAACAUGGUUGGAAAAAUAUUUUAUCAAAUAAAUCUAUAUAUUAUCUUUAAA